AUGUCAACUACCUACGAACAAGCGAUAAAAAGUUUAGAAUUAGCCCGUAGAUUAGCCUUAGGCUCUCAAUUUACUACGACAAAAAAAAUUAAACCCGAGGACAAAUUAAUAAUUAGAACCUUAAAAAAAUAUGGAAAACUAUCUGACAGUUAUAAGAAACUAAAAGCAAAUGAAAUUAAUCAGUUAAAAGAACAAGCAAAAGAUUUAGAGCCUAACCCCGUUGAAAAGAAGUUAAUUAAGAUUGUUAUUUCUAGUCAUGGAGUUUAUUCAGUAAUGAGAAAAGUCUUAAUGGAUUAUAUCCGUGUUGCUACAAGCAGAUUAGAAUUAAGACAAGACUUAAACAAAGAAGUAGCAAGCAUUUUGAGUUCUUACGAACAAAAAAGCGAAUUACAGAAAUUAGCAAAAGAGGGUUGUGCUUCAUGUAAAGAAGCAAUUGUUAACCGAACACCCCAGCAAGAGCAAGAUUUAAAGGAUAAAAAGCAAGAGUUGGCGGAGGAUAAUUGUUUACUUCUUAUGAGAAAAGAAAAGUUUAAAGGAAUAAAAACCCCCACACCACAGCAUUUAAAAGAACUAAAACAAAGAGGCUACACCCAAAAAGAUAUUGCUACUGUUUAUGGAGUUAGCGAAAGAACAGGAAGCAGAAAAAGUUAUACCCAGCAAAAAAUGGCAAAUUACCUUUCCAAAAAGUCAGGUGAGGAAAUAAAACAAUUAAACCAUUUACAGAAAAUUAGCAAGUUUAAAAAACUAAUUCCUAACUUACCUCAAACUAGAAUUAUUGCUAUUGAUGAAUGUGGUUUUCACCUAAACGAAACACCUCGCUAUGGCUAUUCUCAUAAAAGUUCUCGGGCUGGAUACACCAAACCAGAGUUAAUCCAAGGAGGGAUGAAAACCGAAAACUUUCAUAAUUUCCUUACUAAUCUUAAACUUCAUAGUGAAAGCAAACAUUAUCUGAUAAUGGAUAAUCUGCGAGUUCAUAAAGCGAAGCAGGCAUGUAUCAAAUUAGGACUUAAUCCUAUUAGAGAACUAUUGGCUAGUAAAAAUAUUGAAACACUAUUUUUACCUCCUUACACUCCGGAAAUGAACCCAGUUGAAUACUGUUUUAACUUGAUUAGGCAAUGGGUAGAAAAGAAUAAACCUAGAACUUAUGAAAAGUUAAAAUUGGUUAUUGCUAAAAUAGGGAUAAAAGCUAUAAAACCCGAGGAGGUUAAGAAGUUGAAUAGGAAGUUUUAUGAGGAAAAGUGUCGUGAGACUAGUAAUGAGAAUUAG